CGCCUCGGGUCCAGGCGGCAAGCAAAACAGGGGGUUUGCUGUCAGCCUCUUGACACGACACAUCGCCUUGACAUCGGGCCACCAGGCAGCAUUUCCAAUCGACGUCCUUACGAUGCGUCGACGCGAACCACGAGAUACAUAGCAAACGACGCCUGCGCACCGACGGACGGCGCGUAACCGCCGCAACCUAAGCUGUGCGACGACGCCGACGACAUCGCCAUGAAUAGACGCAAGGAUGGCAGCCGCCGAGGCGCGGGAAUUCUCAGCGCCCUGCAGGCCACGGAGAUGAUUGACUCGAGAUCCAGACUCCCGGCAGAGAUCAUGGUGGCCAUCCUCGACUUCCUCCCCGUCGCCGACCAGAUGCGCAUGGCACGCACGUCACGCCGACUCCAGGAGAUGGUGUACGACGACACGAGAUGGGUGUCGCGAUUAAAGAGCAUGGGGUGCUGGGACGAGCGGGAAGCCCGGCGACGAUUCGAGGAAGCGGUGCGGCGGCGGCGCGAAGCUGCAGAGCGAGCCGCGGGACAACAGCCUGGAGGGGCAUCAGCUGCGGCAGCACACAAGCAGGGAGACACGACACUGUUCGAUGCCUCGGUGGAGGAACAAAAGCGCCGUCGCGCGACAUCAGACCUUCGAGACGGCUUCCAGACCAUGAGCCUGGCGGGAGCUCGCAAAGACGACUCCGAGGACGCCGAAUCGUACCUGGACGUGUUCCAGGGCGUCAAGAGCAUCAGGGGCGGCGCGAGGCAAGAAUACGGCAAGAUAUACGGCGCGCUGGCGCCCUUUUACUUUGACAUUGUCAAGGCGAGGAGCCACGCCGACCCCAUCAUCUUCAAGGCGUUCCGCGAUCCGGAGAAGCAGGCGCAGAUGCUGGCCAACCUGAGGAGAUUCUCGAGGAGCGACUGGGCGCCUGGGCGCGCCGAGCGGGAGGAGAAGCUGGCGUCGAUGACGGGCAUCUUCGAGAGCGCCGUGGUGCGCGAGUUCGAGCAGGGCUACGAGUUUUGGGACGUUGACGGGAGGAUGAAGCGCUACGCGCACGUGCUGCACACGCUUGGAGGCGCGCGCGGCGGCAUCGAGCUUUUCAUCCACAAGCACCCCAUCUUCCAAGAUCGUGACCUGACCCUCAACCCGGUCGAGUGCCUCAACGCGGGGACCCCGGACAACGUGUCGCUGGAGCCUGCGCGCCGCUUCUUGGCGGUGCUGCUGGCCAAGGUCAACGACCAGGCCGGCGUCAUAGAGCGCAUCUUCCCGGAGCCGGCGGCCGUGUUCUGGGAGUUUGUGGACAAGGUGCGAGAGGACAUCAUCAUGGAGUACACGACGCCGCUGUUCGACGAGUGCCAUGACCGGAGCAUUGCGUCGUACCUCAAGGCCAUCUCGGGCAUGUUUGAACAGACGAUGCGCUUCUUCCAGACGUUGACGCCGCCUCAAGGAUCUACAGAGGACAUGGACGCAAAGGCAAAAGACCUGACGCUUCGCAUAUUCGAGCCUCAUCUUGAUCUCUACCUGCAGGAGGAGCUCGAUUUCUUCACCAAGCAGGCCGAAACGGAGGUGUCGCAGUGGGAGAAGAAGUUGUCAGAGCAGGACUCGUCGCUUGAGUCGUUCUACAUGGCCAGCUUCAAUCGCUCGGCCGAAAAGAAGGACUUUUUGAGUUCCUUCAAGAAGGUGGUCAUGAUGCCGGUCACGGUGUUGCCCAGCUUCCCCUUGGGAUCUCCGUUCGCGACGACGAAGCCUGCCGCGGCGUCAGCGUCCAGUGCCAACGGGUCGCAAGCCAUCACUCCCACUCCGUCGCGGCCGGAGACGCCUGGGCUCGGCGGCAGGGCGAGCCCCAUGCCCGGUGGCGGCAAAGCGCCGACGGACGAGCUGGCGGCCAAGGCAGCGCUCAUGGCGUCGAAGCUCGAGGGCAUCAAGUCCCUGUGCAGCAUCGAGGUCGCGCUGAACCUGGUGCACGCGGCCAAGACGAGCCUGGGGCGGGCGUCGGUCCUGAUCCCGCUCGGGGGCCAGACGGGGGGCGAGGCCAAGGAGCAGUGCGCCAACAUCUUCGUCGUGCUGCUGCGCACCCUGGGCCAGCGGCACGUCAAGCCCGGCUUCGACACGGCCGUCGACCACCUGUCGCACUACAACCCGCGGGACGUUGUCAAUGACCACACCCAGAAGGGGGUGGCGCCGCUGGUGACGUUCAUCGAGCUGGUCAACGUGGGCGACCUGAUAUCGCAGAUGAUCGACGUGUUUUACGAGCAGCAGCUGGCGACGCCCAAGAUUGCGGACAAGAACGACUUUUUGGACCCGGCGGGCCUGGCCAAGAAGAAGUUUGAGCAGAUGCUCGACGAGAGCGUCGCGGCGGGGCUGAACCGCGGCAUCGACGUGCUCAUGGACGAGGUCGAGUAUCUGUUUGGCACGAUGCAGCAGCCGACCGACUACAAUCCUGCGGCGCCCGCCGCAACCGCAGCAGCAGCAGCAGUAGCAGCAGGCGGCGACGGCAAAUCGGCCGACACGGCGCUGCCGCCGCCGCCGCCGCCACCACUAUCGUCGUCAGAGCCAGACAUUGGGCCGACGCCGACGGCGCAGCGCGUCGUGGAGCUCGUGUCGUCGCACACGCGCAUGCUGGUGGGCACGACGGACAAGGCGAUGCUGGACGUGUUCAACGCCGAGGUCGGGCAGCGGCUGUUCGCGUCGAUAUGCAAGCACCUGAAGCGGCAGCGCGUCAGCACCGGCGGCGCCAUCAAGCUCAUCGCCGACAUGAACCUGUACGCUGAGUACGUGCGCGCGCUGCGCAACCAGGACCUGCUGGCCUACUUCUCCGCCCUGCGCGAGCUCAGCCAGAUCUACCUCAUCGACCCGGCCCACGCCCGCGACAUGGCCGCCGUCAUCGCCGACGGGGACCGCUUCGGCGGCGUCUUCCGCGCCGAGGAGGUGUACGAGUAUGCCCAGCGGAGGGCCGACUGGUACCAGGUGCGCAAGAGCGUCGAGAGGGCCAUGUACGGCAUGGAGUGCCUGCUCAUGUGAGAGCAGAGUUGGGGGCACUCUGUCUACGUACGUACCCACGAAUGGACGGUCGUAUUAUAUCAUUGCAGCACAUUGGAUAGCGGCCAAGAGACACACUCGCAGCAGUUGCACCAAAGAGGGUCCCGAUGGAGGGGAACUGCGCUGUAGAAGAUUUGUAUUUGCAUCGGGGAUCAUGCGUCAUAGCUGCACGAGACUAUAAACCACAUCAAAAU